AUGACGAGGCAGCCGGCGAGUAAGAAGCCUGCGUUGGUGAAGGCGUCUCCAUCUGUGGGCAAGGCUGUUAGUGGUGUAGUUGCUGGUGGUAAGAAGGUGGUCGGGAAGCCUGCGUCGUCGAGUUCCGACUCGGAUUCGAGUGAUGAGUGUAAUGCUGGAUCAGCGAAGAAGCCUGUUGGUGUAGUUGUUAGUGGUGUUAAGACAGGGAUGGGAGUUGUCCCACAAGGUGCUGCUCAGUCUGUGCAGAAGAAGAAAGUUGCGGCCGCUCCGUCGAGCUCGGACUCUGAUUCUAGUGAUGACGAGCAGCCGGCGAGUAAGAAGCCUGCGUUGGUGAAGGCGUCUCCAUCUGUGGGCAAGGCUGUUAGUGGUGUAGUUGCUGGUGGUAAGAAGGUGGUCGGGAAGCCUGCGUCGUCGAGUUCCGACUCGGAUUCGAGUGAUGAGGGUAAUGCUGGAUCAGCGAAGAAGCCUGUUGGUGUAGUUGUUAGUGGUGUUAAGACAGGGAUGGGAGUUGUCCCACAAGGUGCUGCUCAGUCUGUGCAGAAGAAGAAAGUUGCGGCCGCUCCGUCGAGCUCGGACUCUGAUUCUAGUGAUGACGAGCAGCCGGCGAGUAAGAAGCCUGCGUUGGUGAAGGCGUCUCCAUCUGUGGGCAAGGCUGUUAGUGGUGUAGUUGCUGGUGGUAAGAAGGUGGUCGGGAAGCCUGCGUCGUCGAGUUCCGACUCGGAUUCGAGUGAUGAGUGUAAUGCUGGAUCAGCGAAGAAGCCUGUUGGUGUAGUUGUUAGUGGUGUUAAGACAGGGAUGGGAGUUGUCCCACAAGGUGCUGCUCAGUCUGUGCAGAAGAAGAAAGUUGCGGCCGCUCCGUCGAGCUCGGACUCUGAUUCUAGUGAUGACGAGGAGCCGGCGAGUAAGAAGCCUGCGUUGGUGAAGGCGUCUCCAUCUGUGGGCAAGGCUGUUAGUGGUGUAGUUGCUGGUGGUAAGAAGGUGGUCGGGAAGCCUGCGUCGUCGAGUUCCGACUCGGAUUCGAGUGAUGAGUGUAAUGCUGGAUCAGCGAAGAAGCCUGUUGGUGUAGUUGUUAGUGGUGUUAAGACAGGGAUGGGAGUUGUCCCACAAGGUGCUGCUCAGUCUGUGCAGAAGAAGAAAGUUGCGGCCGCUCCGUCGAGCUCGGACUCUGAUUCUAGUGAUGACGAGCAGCCGGCGAGUAAGAAGCCUGCGUUGGUGAAGGCGUCUCCAUCUGUGGGCAAGGCUGUUAGUGGUGUAGUUGCUGGUGGUAAGAAGGUGGUCGGGAAGCCUGCGUCGUCGAGUUCCGACUCGGAUUCGAGUGAUGAGUGUAAUGCUGGAUCAGCGAAGAAGCCUGUUGGUGUAGUUGUUAGUGGUGUUAAGACAGGGAUGGGAGUUGUCCCACAAGGUGCUGCUCAGUCUGUGCAGAAGAAGAAAGUUGCGGCCGCUCCGUCGAGCUCGGACUCUGAUUCUAGUGAUGACGAGCAGCCGGCGAGUAAGAAGCCUGCGUUGGUGAAGGCGUCUCCAUCUGUGGGCAAGGCUGUUAGUGGUGUAGUUGCUGGUGGUAAGAAGGUGGUCGGGAAGCCUGCGUCGUCGAGUUCCGACUCGGAUUCGAGUGAUGAGUGUAAUGCUGGAUCAGCGAAGAAGCCUGUUGGUGUAGUUGUUAGUGGUGUUAAGACAGGGAUGGGAGUUGUCCCACAAGGUGCUGCUCAGUCUGUGCAGAAGAAGAAAGUUGCGGCCGCUCCGUCGAGCUCGGACUCUGAUUCUAGUGAUGACGAGCAGCCGGCGAGUAAGAAGCCUGCGUUGGUGAAGGCGUCUCCAUCUGUGGGCAAGGCUGUUAGUGGUGUAGUUGCUGGUGGUAAGAAGGUGGUCGGGAAGCCUGCGUCGUCGAGUUCCGACUCGGAUUCGAGUGAUGAGUGUAAUGCUGGAUCAGCGAAGAAGCCUGUUGGUGUAGUUGUUAGUGGUGUUAAGACAGGGAUGGGAGUUGUCCCACAAGGUGCUGCUCAGUCUGUGCAGAAGAAGAAAGUUGCGGCCGCUCCGUCGAGCUCGGACUCUGAUUCUAGUGAUGACGAGCAGCCGGCGAGUAAGAAGCCUGCGUUGGUGAAGGCGUCUCCAUCUGUGGGCAAGGCUGUUAGUGGUGUAGUUGCUGGUGGUAAGAAGGUGGUCGGGAAGCCUGCGUCGUCGAGUUCCGACUCGGAUUCGAGUGAUGAGUGUAAUGCUGGAUCAGCGAAGAAGCCUGUUGGUGUAGUUGUUAGUGGUGUUAAGACAGGGAUGGGAGUUGUCCCACAAGGUGCUGCUCAGUCUGUGCAGAAGAAGAAAGUUGCGGCCGCUCCGUCGAGCUCGGACUCUGAUUCUAGUGAUGACGAGCAGCCGGCGAGUAAGAAGCCUGCGUUGGUGAAGGCGUCUCCAUCUGUGGGCAAGGCUGUUAGUGGUGUAGUUGCUGGUGGUAAGAAGGUGGUCGGGAAGCCUGCGUCGUCGAGUUCCGACUCGGAUUCGAGUGAUGAGGGUAAUGCUGGAUCAGCGAAGAAGCCUGUUGGUGUAGUUGUUAGUGGUGUUAAGACAGGGAUGGGAGUUGUCCCACAAGGUGCUGCUCAGUCUGUGCAGAAGAAGAAAGUUGCGGCCGCUCCGUCGAGCUCGGACUCUGAUUCUAGUGAUGACGAGGAGCCGGCGAGUAAGAAGCCUGCGUUGGUGAAGGCGUCUCCAUCUGUGGGCAAGGCUGUUAGUGGUGUAGUUGCUGGUGGUAAGAAGGUGGUCGGGAAGCCUGCGUCGUCGAGUUCCGACUCGGAUUCGAGUGAUGAGUGUAAUGCUGGAUCAGCGAAGAAGCCUGUUGGUGUAGUUGUUAGUGGUGUUAAGACAGGGAUGGGAGUUGUCCCACAAGGUGCUGCUCAGUCUGUGCAGAAGAAGAAAGUUGCGGCCGCUCCGUCGAGCUCGGACUCUGAUUCUAGUGAUGACGAGGAGCCGGCGAGUAAGAAGCCUGCGUUGGUGAAGGCGUCUCCAUCUGUGGGCAAGGCUGUUAGUGGUGUAGUUGCUGGUGGUAAGAAGGUGGUCGGGAAGCCUGCGUCGUCGAGUUCCGACUCGGAUUCGAGUGAUGAGUGUAAUGCUGGAUCAGCGAAGAAGCCUGUUGGUGUAGUUGUUAGUGGUGUUAAGACAGGGAUGGGAGUUGUCCCACAAGGUGCUGCUCAGUCUGUGCAGAAGAAGAAAGUUGCGGCCGCUCCGUCGAGCUCGGACUCUGAUUCUAGUGAUGACGAGCAGCCGGCGAGUAAGAAGCCUGCGUUGGUGAAGGCGUCUCCAUCUGUGGGCAAGGCUGUUAGUGGUGUAGUUGCUGGUGGUAAGAAGGUGGUCGGGAAGCCUGCGUCGUCGAGUUCCGACUCGGAUUCGAGUGAUGAGGGUAAUGCUGGAUCAGCGAAGAAGCCUGUUGGUGUAGUUGUUAGUGGUGUUAAGACAGGGAUGGGAGUUGUCCCACAAGGUGCUGCUCAGUCUGUGCAGAAGAAGAAAGUUGCGGCCGCUCCGUCGAGCUCGGACUCUGAUUCUAGUGAUGACGAGCAGCCGGCGAGUAAGAAGCCUGCGUUGGUGAAGGCGUCUCCAUCUGUGGGUAAGGCUGUUGGUCGUGUGGUUAGUGGUCAUGAUAACUUUGUGGAGAAAUCAAAUUUCGGUGUUGGUGAUGGUGCUGUGCGUCGUGAUUUGUUGGGUCGUUCGUCCAGUCGUAAACGCCGUUUCUCGUUUGUUGGUUCCGGUGAUUUUAAGAUAAGGAGUUCGGUUAGUUCUUCUGCUGAUAAUCUUUUAUCUGUUACUAAAACGUCUUUCACUGAUUCUAACACUCCUUUUCGUCGCGUGGAUGAGAAGGAUGUAUUUGUCCAUCCCAAUCUGCGGGACAAUUCGUUCGAGGCGAAGCGGAAUGCACGUGGAUCGUGGGGUGAAAAAGCGAAUCGCGAUUUCAAGUUUACCAGUGGAAAAGCGUUCAAACAAGAGAAAACUAAAAAGAAGAGAGGUUCUUAUAGCGGAGUAUACCUGAAUACACAUCAGUUAUGUGAGAGCAUGACUCAAACCUGA